AUGGGGGUGAGCGACGCCGGGCGUCCGCCAAUGGGGAGCGCGCCACGCCGGCGUGCAUCGGGCGGGCCGCCGUCGCCGGCUGCGUGGCCUCUUACCGCUAGUUGCGUCUCCGUCUCCGCUACACGCGCAGAGAGAAUCUCUUCUAAUCCAACCAUCAGUCGCUUGAUGAAUAAGUUGCCCAAGUGCGCGCGCUGCCGCAACCACGGGCUCAUCAGCUGGCUCAAGGGGCACAAGCGCCAGUGCCGCUUCCGCGCCUGCGUCUGCGCCAAGUGCUCGCUCAUUGCCGAGCGCCAGCGGGUCAUGGCCGCGCAGGUGGCGCUGAAGCGGCAGCAGGCGGCCGAGGACGCGAUCGCGCUGGGGCUCGUGGCGGUGACGACUGGCGCCGAGUACGGCUUCCUGCCGCAGGGGCCCAUCUUCGGCAUGAGCACCACGGCGCCCCAGAGCGAGCCCUCCGCAGAAGGCAGUGACGGUGGCGACAGCAGCGGCGGCAGCGGGGGCGAGGGCGCUGCGACGUCGACGGCUACGACGGCUGCGCGGCCGCUGGCGGCCGGCUCGCUGGAUCUUCUGGCCAAACUGUUCCCGCACAAGAAGCGCUCCGUGCUGGAGCUCGUGCUGCGCCGCUGCGGCGACGACCUCGUCAAGGCCAUAGAGCAGUGCGUGCCCUGCGACCCAGCCGCUGCAACUGCGGCCGCUGCCAGGUUUUACUACACCAGGGAUUUCAAUGGCCCGUUGUAUUCUCCACAAAGCUCGGAAACUGUACAAAUUGGUUAG